CUUAUUCGAAACUCUGUAAAAUGCAAACGAGUAACGCUUUUAGACUCGUUGUUGGAAUAAACCGUCAUACGUUGCUAUGGAGCUCAACAAUACUGCGGGCUCAAUGUUUUGUUCUCGCCUGCUUUGUUUCAAAAACUUUUGAAAGUAUUCAUGAAACAAUUCUUUUUUUUUAGAAAACGCGUUAAAAUUCAUCGAUCUUCUAAAAUGGGCUGUUCUGUCAGUCUUGUAGGUCAAAAUUUAAGCACAAGUGUCAUUCUCAACACUCCAUCAAGCCCUUAUUAUGAGUACAAUGAAAAAAGAGAAAUCAGUAACAAUUACCACCUUAACCAAAGCAGUGCAAUAAAAAUGAAAAUAAAAAGUCAAUUCUUUAAUAGCCUUAAUGGUACUGGUCUUUCCUCAUGGCUUCUUAAAGACAAAGAAGCACCUCCACAAACAAGUACCACAGAUGAUAGCAGAAGGACAAAGGYUUGGAGGGGUUUUACCAGUAAAAGUAGCAAGAGUGCCAAGCUUAUUAUCAGCCGUGAGCUUGCUAGCUGUAACAAUUCAAAGAAUAACAGAACAUUCACAAGUGAUGUUCAAUCUCUUGAUGGAAGGAUAACAGCUAGCUUGAGUAAAUUAUCCAUUCAUGAGCAAGGAAGCCUGCCUAGUACAUCUAGUUCUUCUUUUCUUCAUACCAAUCCCAAAGAAGAAUACUCUGUUGUAUAUAUAUCUGAUUUCAAUAGCAACUUUUCAGAACUUGAUUCUUCUAAUCAAGAACAUGAAKAUGUUUCUAUCAGUGGCCUGAUAAGAAGAGAAAUACCAACGUCAGUCUUCAUGCAAGACUGUGAUGCCAGGAGAAAUAAAAAUAACAAGGAUACUYCUCUAAGUUUAGAAUCUGGGGAGAUUGCACUUGAAGUUCACCAAGAUUUUUUUAAUGAUUUUGGAGAUAUACGUGAUGAUGACUUUAUUUUUUCUGGUUAAGCUGCAUAAGAUGGACAUUCAAGGAAAAGAAGAAGACACAGCGGAAGGGGCACGAAAUCAAGGCAUAAA